AUGGAUACAGGAAAUGUUCUUCACCCUUGCGAGUAUUUUGACUUGAUAGUUGCCUCUGGUGCUGGAGCUGUAAUCGGCAUUCUCCUAGCAGUCCUAAGGUUAUCUACUCAAGAUGCAAUGGAGGCCUUUGUGGGCCUUUGUACCCAGGUUUUUCCUCCUGAAGGGUGUCAACCUUCGGCGAGAACGGAUUUAUUGGAAUCGGCCAUCAACAAACUCCUGACAGUGCACAGUAUACCCCUUGACACGAGCUUUGAGGACACCAAAGGCAAAUUCAACGGAAGUUGUCGCCUGGCAAUAGGUUAUCUUUCUACGGCCAAUAUUGCAGCCUGUAGACUGCUUCGCAACUACCCUACCAGAUCCGCACCAGUAAACAUGACAAUUGCGCAGGCGAUCAAGCUCGCUUGGGCUACACCUGGUCUAUUCUCACCAGUGUUCGUUGGUCCGGACGAAAGUAGAGGCGAAAAUCUUAUCAGCAGUGUGAACGGGUAUAAUAAUCCCACACUGGUGGCCAUCAAGGAGGCCUUUGAUCUUUUCGGACCAGAUGCGCGUGUUUCAUGCCUCCUCAGCCUAGGAAGUGGCAAGGCUGCCGUUCGAUCGCUGGGUGCCACUGAAUCAGACGUCUAUUCGACUCUAGAACAGCUCGCAGUAGAUUGUGAAGCGACUGCCGAAGAGGUGCAACGGCGGAUAGGAUCCCUCGGCGUAUAUUCACGAUUUUCUGUUGAGCGUGGUCUCGAAUUCAUCCGAUCCGAAGAUGGUGUGAAUGGGAUCCUUUCGCAUACGAAAAUCUACCUCGAGGGUGAUGCAGUAAGCGCCGCGAUGGAUAAUUGUUUACGCACUGCGGAGUUUCCGUCAGCCGUGACACUGGAGCAACUUUUCCGUGCGCGACCUCGAGGACUUGCCUCAUCCCAUGGACUGCCUCCCUUGUCAGCAUUUUACGUCCCUCGACCAGCAGUUAUGCAGGCCAUGGUCGCUACCUUAUUGGAUUCAAAUGAUCUAGGACAGCGUGUGAUGAUUAUCUCUGGCCUUGGUGGAUCCGGAAAGACUCAGUGUGUUCUCAAGUUCUGUCGUGAAUACGAGGAUAGCUAUCAGCACAUCCUUUUUAUUGAUGCAAGCUCUGCCGAGACUAUCAAGUCGAGCCUGAUUGCCCGAGAGAUUGCAGCAGAGAUAGUACAGCAACUAGGCUAUCUUCCGGUUGCUAUUGUGCAAGCUGGCUGUUACAUCAAAAGUCAGCAUUGUUUACGUCAGUACACAAUGCGCCUCAAGCAUAAUCGAAGAAAACUACUCGAUCGGCCAGCUCGCACUCGAGAAAAACUCAAGUAUGACCAUAGCGUCUACGCAGCAUUCGAUGUCACGCUAGAUGUGCUAUCACCCAAGUCUCGUCAACUGCUCAACAUCUUGUCCAUGGUUCACUAUGCCGACUUUCCACAACCGCUAAUCGCCGCCGCUGCAAAGUCACAUUUCGAGUAUGAAAUGUGCCAACUGCUUGAUCGGCCUCCCAACUAUCAAGACACAGUAGAACUUCUCCGAGAGAUCUUCUGCCCAGAGGAAAUCUUUGAUGAUGACGAGCUCGUGGAUAUGCUAGACGAGCUCCAGCAGUAUUCCUUGGUAUCUCUUGUCUCGACGGGCGCCAUUGUCACCCUGCGGCUUCACCCUCUUGUUCACUCAUGGGCUCGAGACCGCAUGACUCCAGACGAAGCCAAGAAAUACCACGACGCCGCCAUCCGGCUGAUUGCCUCCGUAGCGGACUGGGACAACAUAUUAUUAUUCCCACAUUUAUCAAUUCACGUCCGCACUCUUGUAUCAUCAUGGGAGGAACUACAUCCAAACGACGCUGUUGCGUUUGCACAGUUCCUUGGCUUUGAUGACGACUGCGACACACGUUUCAGAGUCCUCUCCGAGAUUUACGAGAAAAUCAGAAGCCAGUAUGGUGACAAGGAUGUUCGGACGAGUAGAAUAGCCCUAGAGCUUGCGGACGCGUACGGAGAAGUUGAGGAUGUGGAAAAGAUGGAGGAGAUGGAAAGGGAAGCUGUUUCAAUCCGAGAAGAGCUCCUAGGACGCGAUCAUCUGGAGACACUGACCGCUCUCGCAAACCUCGCAUCAACCCUGAACGACAAAGGGGAGUAUGACGAGAGUUUGAAAAUACGUGAGGAGGUCUUGGCCACUGCCAUUCGUACUACAGGUCCGACUUCGAGGCGUUCUGCCGAUGCAAUGGAAGCCUUGGCGGCCACGUAUAAUUGUUUAAAUCGGUUUAAAGACCAAGGCCAGUAUAUGGAGAAGUUGUUAAUCUCUGUCAUCGACAUACUCAAGGAAUCACUUGGCCAAAUACAUCAGUAUACCAUUGAAACGAUGGCGGAUUUAUCAGAUUGCUAUGGUUCCCAAGAACGCCAUGAAGAAGCUUCCAAGCUUCAAAAGGAAAUCCUUCAUCUCGAGAGAUCAGCAUAUGGCAUGCAGCAUGAAGGAACACUUUCGACAAUGGAAUGGAUAGCUAAAACUAUGAUGGACCAGCAAAAAUAUAAGGAGGCGGAGGCUCUUUGGUUGCAGGCAAUACAGACGCGAAGGCUCAUGAAGGAUCCAGACAAAGUUGCAAUUGCCAACGAUAUGGCCUGGCUGGCACGUGCAUACCGACAGCAGCAAAAAUACGCCGACGCAGAAGCUCUCUCCCAAGAAGAGCUGAACCUCCGUGUGGAACUGCAGGACGAUUCGAGCGUGGCUUACUGCGAUGCUCUUUCGUGGUUAUGUAGGGAGCUUCAGGAUCAAAAGAAGUACGAGAAGCUACCAUCUCUUACGGAAGAGCUCUUGAUGAAACGUCGCGCGAUACUGGGGGACGAUCACAUCGACACUUGUGUAGCACUUGGGUGGAGAGGUAUUGCUGCCUUCUACGAGGGCAAACACAAGCUAGCUGAAGAGAUGAGGAGACAAGAGUUUGAGAAGAGGAAGAGGCUGCAAGGUACCGCUGCCAUUGAAGUAUGGAACGCUGCAUCGUGGUUAGGCCGUGCACUCCACGACCAGAAACGGUAUUACGAUGCAGAGGUUCUUCGGCGAGAGGAGCUUGAGGGGCGCAAGAAAGUUACCGGAGUCAAACACAGCGAAUACCUUGUUAGCUUAUCAUGGCUGAUUCAGUCGCUGAUUGAUCAAAACAAGGUCGCUGAUCUCGAUGAUCUGACUACGGAGCUCCUCGAAGGUCGUCUAGAAACUGCUGGACCAAGGGCUCCCGAUACACUGCUCGCUAAACAGUAUAAAGCCCGCUCAAGACUGUUGGAAGGAAAGAACCAAGAGGGCCUCGAUAUGCUUCUGUCCCUCUUGGGUGAGCAAUUGGAAGUGUUAGGUCCAAGUUCUCACUCCUAUCUCAACACUAUGCGGUAUAUUGCGCAAGCAGAGUACGAAUUGGGCCAUAAUGCCGAAUCAUCUAAAUGGAGGUUGGAGGAGAUAGCCGGUCGCAAACAGGCGCAAGGGGAAAACAGUGGCGACUACCUUAACAGCCUCAGCUGGGUGGUCAGAUGCCUAUGCGAGCUGGAGAAUUGGAGUGAAAUGGAAGAGCACUCGAGGGAUCUGGUCAAGGGACGAUUGGCCCUGAAUGGGGCGGAGCACUCGGACACACUGAAUGCCCGCCAAUGGCUAGCUCGUGCCUACUUUCAUGGGGCCAAGUAUGACCUCGCCAAAGUUGCUUUUACCGAACUUGUCGAGGAUUGGACGAAGCUAGAGGGCCCAAAAAACCAGCACACCUUGGAUUGUAUCGGCUGGCUUUCUCGAGUGAAUCAUGCGCAAUGUCAGUGGGAGGAAGCUCUUCGCCUACGCGAGGAGGAAAUUGAGGGCCGCAAGUCGUGGAACGAGCCUCCCAACGAAGCCCUUGCAAAUGCCCAGAGUUGGCUUGUACAACUACUUGGUGAGCUAGGACGCUUGGAAGAAAUGGAAAGAUUGGCGUGGGAGGUCUUUGAAGACCGAAAGGCGAUACCAUCAACUCUUCCGAGCCUCUUGACCUCUGAGAAAUGGGUCGCACGAGCAUACUUUGAGAACGAGAAGUACGAACAAUCUCUCGAGAUAUUAGAGAGGAUUGCGCAAAGCCGCCUCGAUCUCCAUGGAAAGAGCCACGUUGAAUACCUCAACGUCACUGCAUGGAUCUCGCGCAUACUAUGGGUUCUUGGACGCCUUGAAGAAGCGGAGAGCUUACGGACGGAAGAAUUAGCUCUGCGAGUUGCGACCCAGGGAGAGAUGGACUCUGCAGUCAGGGAGAGUACAAACUGGAUGGUUCGCAUCCUGGUAUCUGCGGGUCGACAAGAGGAAGCGCGCACUCUUGCAGCAGAAAAUGUCGAGAAGGCUCGGCGCGAUCAGGGCUCAGGCUCUCUUGCCACUCUUCGGUCUCGACUUGCGCUCGCGGAGGUGUUGAUGAAGGAAAAGGUGUGGAACCAAGCAAUGCUAGUCUUAAAGGAACUAUUGGCCGAAGCUGGGUCAUCCACGAGCGCAGAGGACCAGGUGCUCGUACCCUCGGCAAAGAUGAGGCUUGCACUGUGCCAUUACGAACUGGGUGACUGCAACCUAGCCCUUCCUCUCGCCGAGGAAGCCUUCCCACUUCUAUCGAGGAGAAUCAAGAAGAAGAGUCCCAAUACGACGGAUUUGCGGGAUUUCAUGGAUCUUGUCGAAGCUGGUGGGCUCAGAGCUAGCUCCCAUCCGACCAGUGGCUCUAUUGAUGAGCCCUCACCACGUCAAGUCCCGACGCUGGAACCUUUUGAGGAUACAAACAAUGAAGAGGCUCCUGAUCCGGAUGAUCUGGAGACGGUCGAUAGUUCUCCUGCUCCUCAGGCUGCUGGCCUCUCCAUAUCUCGCCAACUCACUCCGUUCUCGCAAAGAGAGUCAUUCGGGCGCCGGCCCAAUAACUGGAGCAUGUUCUUUUAA